CAUAAAUUUUUUCACCCUUCAACUGUGAACAUCGCUGCGUCAAUACCAUCGUGAAAUGGCCCCGAAAACCAGUGGAAAAGCCGCGAAAAAGUCUGGCAAAGCCCAGAAAAACAUCUCCAAGUCGGACAAGAAGAAGAAAAGGAAGACCCGCAAGGAGAGCUAUGCUAUCUACAUCUACAAGGUGUUGAAGCAAGUCCAUCCGGACACCGGAAUUUCUUCCAAGGCGAUGAGCAUCAUGAACAGCUUCGUGAACGACAUUUUCGAGCGCAUCGCUGCCGAAGCCUCCCGUUUGGCGCACUACAACAAGCGUUCGACGAUCACGUCCCGCGAAAUCCAAACGGCCGUCCGUCUGCUCUUGCCUGGUGAGCUGGCCAAGCACGCCGUGUCCGAAGGCACGAAGGCCGUCACCAAGUACACCAGCUCGAAGUAAUUCGACCGAGUUCAAUUCUACCCGAACCCCAAACCGGUCCUUUUCAGGACCACAACACGCAUCUGUUCAAAAGAAUGUUUCUGUUUAAACCUUUCUAUAGUAGUGCGUCUCUCUGCU